CUCUCUCGGUGUCAGCAGCAGCAUAGGCGGAGGCGUCAGAAUGUGGGCAGCCACAGUUUGCACCUCUACCGGUUCAUCCACGGACACAAUCCGUUCUCACUCCCCAUGAGCUCCCUGCUCGUCAUAGAAGUGAGCUUUCGGGAAUCUGGUCUGUAAUUUUGUAUCAUUUGAACUUUGAAUACGGUGUUCAAGUGAGAACAUUCUGUACGGAAUAAUGUGAGCAAGAGAAAAGCAAGACGUAGACGAACUGUUUUUUUUACGGGUGGGUGGAAAGACGGGCAUCCGGCCUCCGAGGAAGCGCCCAUCGAGGUGUGGAAGUCAGGUAGAAACAACGUACAUCGUUUUUGCCCAGCCAACCCUGAGGAGUGUGUGAUGGAGAAGAUGAAGAGGUUUAAGCGGCGUCUGUCCCUGACGCUGCGCUCCAGCCACACCAUAGACGAGUCUCUGUCUGAACUGGCCGAGCAGAUGACCAUCGAGGACGGCGGCAACAAGGACAAUGAGCCGAUCGUGCGUAAUGGGCGACCACCCUCCUCCCACAGCAUGCACUCGUUCCUGCACCAGUACACCGGCUCCUUCAAGAAGCCCCCCCUCCGCAGGCCACACAGUGUCAUCGGAGGAAGCCUGGGCUCCUUCAUGACCUUCCCCAGCAACGGAAGCCGCCUCGACAUCGUCCACGAGAACCUGAAGAUGGGCUCAGACGGGGAGAGUGACCAGGCGUCUGGGACGUCGUCGGACGAGGUGCAGUCGCCCACCGGGGUGUGUCUGAGGAACAGGGUGCAACGACGCAUCUCCAUGGAGGACCUGAACAAGCGUCUGUCUCUGCCUGCUGACAUCCGUAUCCCGGACGGUUACCUGGAGAAGCUGCAGCUGAGCAGCCCUACCUUCGACCAGCCCCUCAGCCGACUCUCACGCAGGGCCUCCCUGUCGGAGAUUGGUUUUGGGAAGCUGGAGACCUACAUCAAACUGGACAAACUGGGAGAGGGAACCUAUGCUACAGUAUUUAAGGGGCGCAGUAAGCUGACUGACAACCUGGUGGCGCUAAAGGAGAUCAGGCUGGAGCACGAAGAGGGAGCACCCUGCACCGCCAUCAGAGAAGUUUCGUUACUAAAGGACCUGAAACAUGCCAACAUCGUGACCUUACAUGACAUCGUCCACACAGACAAGAGCCUGACGCUGGUCUUCGAGUACCUGGAUAAAGACCUGAAGCAGUACAUGGAUGACUGUGGGAACAUCAUGAGUAUGCACAACGUCAAGAUCUUCUUGUUCCAGAUUUUGCGGGGGUUGGCUUACUGCCACAAGCGGAAGGUUCUCCACAGAGACCUAAAGCCCCAGAACCUGCUCAUCAACGAGAGAGGGGAACUCAAACUGGCUGACUUCGGUCUGGCGCGGGCUAAGUCUGUCCCCACUAAGACGUACUCCAACGAGGUGGUGACUCUGUGGUACCGGCCACCUGACGUCCUGCUAGGCUCCUCCGAGUACUCCACACAGAUUGACAUGUGGGGUGUGGGGUGUAUAUUUUAUGAGAUGGCUGCAGGUCGGCCCCUGUUUCCUGGCUCCACCGUAGAGGACGAGCUCCACCUCAUAUUCAGACUGCUGGGCACGCCAUCAGAGGACAGCUGGCCAGGGAUCUCUGGCGUCGACGAGUUCAAAUCCUACAACUUCCCCAAAUACAAACCUCAGCCCUUCAUCAACCACGCACCCAGGUUGGACACAGAAGGCAUUGAACUGGUGUUAUCGUUUCUGAAAUACGAGUCCAAGAGGAGGAUCUCAGCAGAUGAAGCUAUGAAGCAGGCCUACUUCAAGAGUCUGGGGGCACGGGUCCACACACUGCAUGAGAGUGUAUCAAUAUUCACUCUGAAGGAUAUCCAACUGCAGAGAGACCCUGGCUAUCGGAACUCCUCAAAUCUAGAGUCAGGCAACAGCAAGAACAGAAGACAGAGCAUGCUCUUCUAGACUUUCUGCACCUGGGUGGAGCUCUUUCCUGUUGCUAUAGUAACGGACUCUCGCUUGAGAUGAGACUGAAUGGAACAGAGCCCCCUCCUCCCUCUCGCAUGAGCCCCUCACCCCUGACCCCC